AUGGAAAGUUUCUUAAAAAGUUGGAAAGCGGUCUCAUGGGAGAACGUCCAGCUUCGAGUGGACGGUGAGAUCAAAGCCAUUGGGAUGCGGCAAGACGAAGGUGAAGAGGGACGUAAGAUACUUGUCGACGAAAGCAAUAAGUACCGCGAAAACACUACCAAGGAAACCCGACGCGUCGCGCUGCCGUUGAUAAAAGCGUUUCAAAAAGAAGUCGAUCAGCUGACUGUGAGAGGAAAAGCAACUGAAGCGGCGCUGAUCGAAAUCUGCUCUCAGCUCACAAACCUUCCUGGUAAGGUUUUUCUCUAUGACCAAGUUGUCCGCUAG